GGAAUGAAUUAAACCCCAAAUGGAUUGGAAUUCUUCUUCUUGCUCUGGUAUCCUUUCUUGGACACAACAAUAAACCCCAAAGUCAGUCUUGAAUUGGAUGGUUGAAAUAUAAUUCAGGUUGCAGGUCUGUUUAUGUCCCCACCCGAUCUUCAUCACUAUCACCAUCACUAUCACUAUCCCUAUUUUUAAAUCAGUUCCUAUCUCACUUUGCUCUGCAAUUCUCCAUGACUUAUUACAGAAGAAAUCAAAUUCCUGCCUUCGGUAGUUGGAAUUGCAACGACGAUCUACCUUUCACACAAUGCUUUGAAUCCGCCACACAACCAGGUUUGAUCUCAUGUAGCUACACUGAAGAUCGUGAUCUCUACGUCGCCGGAGAUUUAUACCGGAACAACAUCGUCACUCCCGCCAUUAUCGUCGCUCCUCGCCGGAGAGGUUACACAAAGGAAGUUAAAAAGGACGCAUGGGUGGCUAAUUGCGACUGUGAUGAGAAGAAGGAAGCACCGACACCUGUGGCACGGAGCAGGAAGGCGGUGGAUGAGGAUUUGUACAAGAUCUCCCCGGAGCUCCUCCGUGCAAAGCCGAGAAGGAGGAGAUGGGGAUGGUUUUCAAGCUGCAUGCUACCAGCAUGUGUCGUGUGAAUCAGCUUUCAUAUCAGACUCAUGUUUACUUGUCAUUUACAGUAUUUCCUAUUAAUUAUUAAUAAUACCAAGUAGGAUGCAUUUUUGUGUACUACCAACUUUUU